AUCAUACCUUCCUUCCGGCUUGGUAUCUACGCUCAUCUCUUACUCCACCAUUGGCUCCUCGAGAUGAGCGACGACAAUCCUGGUAGCUCAGUGCAAGACGCACCUGCUGCGCAACCUGGACCGAUACCCUCAAGCUCGACGGCUUCGUCCUCGUCGGCUACGCCAGCACCGGGCGUGGCGCCACUAGCAUCCUCGUCAUCCUCCUCACCUCCGCUUCACGCACAAGCCGUCCGCUUCCUUACCUCCCUGCGCCACCACUCCCCCAAUGCGUCUGUAGAGGCACAGAGAGACUUUCUCAAGGCCAAAGGGCUAGAUGAGACAGCCAUCGAUGCAGCAUUCCAAGAUGCGGCACGGCCUUCCUCCCUUGGAUUGUCCUCGGCCUCGACCUCUACUUCCAGCUCGGGCUCACAGUCUGGAUCCUUCGCAGGUGAAGAGGGAGCUCUGAGCGAAGAGGCAGCAUUCGACCAAGCCUCUCGGGCCUUUGACGAUCCCAUCCACGUAGCCGGUCCGGUCCUGCCGGCGAAGAAUUACCCACGCAGCCCGCUGGCACUUUACUAUGAAGAGGCGCAGGGGAGGGUGGACGAAGCCGCUCGCAGGCAGGAGACGACGAGGCGAUAUCAGGUCUUGCUGGGAUUCUUUAGGAGCUUGAGUUGGAUGCUGACUUUCGGAGGGGGAUUGGCUGCUCUAGGAGUGCUAGCAUAUAGGCUCUAUGUCAUGCCAAAAUUGGUGACCAUGCUGGACUCGCGGAGCUUUGUACUCAAACAUCAUCACAGCCUCUGGAACCACGUCGUGCGGUCGGUCAGGAAUCUCUCGCAAGCCUCCCUCGCCCCUCCCCGACCCACUCAAUCGGCAGUCAAGGAAGAGACGGAGAAGGCUGAAGAUGGCACCCGGAGAAGGCGGAGUAGCUUAAAGAAGGUCCAAUUCGCUGAUGAAGUCAAGGGCGGGUCGCUGGAGCAAAGGGAAGGAGAGGAUCCUGCAUCACCUCCCGAGAAUACGACGCAACUGGGCGGCAAAGACACGGACGUCGUGCUUCCAGGGACUGACGUCGUCGUGUCCACUACAACGAAAAAAAGUAGCGGGGAGGAAGAGAAGAGUUUUGAAGAGGAAGGUGCGGAAGAGGCGGUAGAGCCAAUCGAUGUCUCAGAGCCGCUGCGAGCAUCGCUAGCUGCAUUGACCCAACGCCUUCGUGGUCAGACUGGAGAUGUGGAUCAGGCGUCACUGACUUCGUCGCCAACAGCAGCAGCCUCUUCAACCGGAGGCAGCAAGUCGGCGACCGUUGCAGAUGACGAGGAAGCCUCUAGCAGCGACAGUAGCUGGCAAGACGACCUGGACAGCGAGGAGGAAGAGCUGGAGCUCGAUCCCUUUGCUGCGCCCGUCAAGAAGGGCGGCAAGAGGAGAGGAUCGCACAAGAAGAAGAAGACCACAGCGACGAGCGACAAGUCCGCACUCAGUGCCCAACCUUCCUCGACUACCAGCUCGUCCCUCAACGACUCCUCUGCUUCUUCGAGUGCGCUGUAUGACACUCUUGUCGACCUCAACUCUUCCAUCAGCGCGCGUAUCCUGCACAGCCAGACCAGGUCGUUCAGAACAAGUCACACAGGCGGUGCCUACGGUACCUUCAACUUUGCGCAAAACUUCCCUUCUUCGUCGACUGCUAGCGGUGCUGGUGAAUCAAAGGAAGGCGAGGGUGACACAGUCAUGGAGACGUCUGCUCAGAUUCGAGCGGAGAUUCGUAGUCUGAAAGGACUGCUGCUCAGUAGACGGAACUUCCCAAGACCCAACGGCACCGCUCCGCGCCCGCCUGCUCCCCCUUCUUUCUCGACGUAGCAUUGCUGAUUCCACAAUGCCAUCUCGUCGGUCAUCGUAUAGCGAGUGUUUCAACUUUGUCCUACUGCUGCGUCAUCAAGGCAAGCCCCGUUGUUUCGCAACCCUGUUGUGACGAUUACCGGUGCUCUGUUACGUGUACUUUGUCCUCAGACAUUCUGUUGUUCUCAUGAUCCCUGGUGAGAGGACGUGGGCCCCUGCGUUCCAUACUCCUGACCCGCAUUGUGUACAGAGGGACUCAUCAUCCCGCCAGGCAAAGGCGAGCACUGUGACGCUCAUUACCACCACUUGCUCAA